AUGAAAGGUAACCUCUACUGUUUAGACAAAUUAUUCUCGGUGAAAUACAUUACGCUUUGGCAGAUUUCUUUGAGAUUAAGGCGGAUAAUUAUUAAGUAGCAGUCUAAUUGAUCCCUAUAGCUGUUGUCGCAAGAAUUAGUAAGAAUAGAGCAGACCAAUUCAAAUCCUUCCAUGAAAAUGUUAAAAUCAAUAAUGGGCCAGAAGAGACUCAUAUCUAUUCGAUAAAGAAAUAAAAGAUUACCAUUGAAGACAAUAUACAAGAAGUAUGGAGAGAAACUUAAGAAUCCUGAAUCAAUGAUGGCCAAUAGAAGGCUGAAAAAGCUUAAGAAGAAAAUGAAGACCAAGGAGAAGCUGAUAAAUUCUUUGUUUUAUGAUCCUUUCAAACCGCUAAACUUAAAAUCAAAGAUAUUGACACAAUAUGACAAGCCUCAGCCAUUUGGAACUCCUAAUGGAGUUCCUGCUUUAAGACGUCAGAACCAGAUAAACCAGGACUACUUCUCUUCACAUUUGCCCCAUCCAAAAAUUUCGAAGUCAACAAAUAACGUUGUUUCCGAAAUUAGGGCUACUUCUCUAGAUUUCAAGUUUCCUGUUAAAGCAAAUGACAAUGACAGCAUCAUUUCCAAUAAUUCUGAGGAAGAAAUUUUAGAGAAAAAUACCAAUCAAGAUAGUACAUCUUUAAAGAGAUCUCAUGACGCCGCUUGUAAUACCACUAAUGAGAAGAAAUUUCGAAAUGGAGCACAAUUAUUUAAUCUAAUGACAGAAAUAAACUCUACUCCAACCCCUCAAAAUGUUAGGAGGUCUCGUUUCAGAACAACAUUGGUGGAUAGACCCAAUAUUCCAAAACCAAGUCGGAUUCUGACCCACUUGGCUAAAGAGGAAGAUGAAAUCGACAAAAUGAUGUACAAAUACUCAAACCUCAAUGCAAGAAUGAAGAAAUGUAAAGACAGAGUCCUUAAUGAAAGAAAAAAUCCUUCCAGAAAUAUUUUAGUUCUUAAGCAGAAAAAUUCUGUCACUAAAGAAUCUCUAAAAGAAGGUGACCAUGCUAUAGCAGAUUUGAAUAAAGAUGAAAAUAUGAUGAAGAAUACUAUUAAAAACAUUGUCAAAGCAAUCGUUCUUACUAGAAAUACCAAGACUAAUGAAAUCCAAGACUUCACUCUUAAUAGAAGACUUGGAGAGAAAUAGAAAAACCAGGAAGAUCAAAAUUUUGGAAAAUGUUUCGACUAGUAUUAAUAACCAAUUUUUGGACGAAGGGUCCCCAAUGAUGCCUUCGAUUUCAGUGCACCAGGUGGAUGAGAAGCAGAAGAGAAAAGAUGUUAUCUCAUACAGCAAAUUGCCAGCUACUCUGAGCAUGAACACGAUAAAUUUGAGGUCUAUGACUCCUUCAUCGCUCUAA